UAUCCUCCAGGAAUCAAGAGGGAAUAGGAUUCUCAAAAUGACGGCUACAGUAAAUUUCGAAAACUACCCACCUUUCACAUCUCUAAUUUGUCGGUCCCCAUUUUCUCCCUUCUUCUUCAACGUGUUCAUUGUCCCCGUUCAAUCCUUGAUGUCUAAUCCUUCUCAAACACCUUGAUUUUCAGGAAAAAAAAUCAUUUUUACCUUCUGUUAUGCCAAUCGCUAGGGUUUAUUUGACCUAUACGUUCUGUCCUCCAAAACCCUCUAGCUCUAUUUCCUCCCGGUUGAAUCAAAUUUAGCCACUGAUCAAUCUCCUUCUUUGUCCUUCUUGUUGUUGUACAUGUAAAUACGGUACUAAUAUUAUAAUUAGAGAUCUGUAUGGUGGAUUUUCUUUCCCUUUUUUUUUCGUGAAAAAAUGAGGAAGAAGAAGAGAUCGCGUGCUUACAAGAAAGGUGGCGGUGGGGUUUGCAACGCUGCUCCUCCGCCUCAGAGCAACCAAGCUGAAGAAGAAGAAAAGCACAAGGUUGUAGAAAGUCUGGUGGAGGCUUUUGGUACAAUUUCUGUCGAAGAAGCUGAAGCGGCUUAUAACGAAGCCAAGGGGGAUGUCAACAAGGCGGCGGAGAUUUUAGGGGAUUUGUAUGUGAAGGAGAGUCCGACCGAGGAUCAAAGCACUUCUUGCUCUAGCUCCAGUGGAAAUUUUGCAUCUACCUCGUCGGGCUCGGGUUCAUCCGGCUCGUCGUCUGCUUCCGAGGUGUUUGCUGAGGCUAAUGUUGUCUGUCCAAACGGGGUUAGGAAUCAGAAAGGUAGGCAGAAAAAGGUUGUGGCAGCUGCUGGGAUCGUUUCAACGGUGCUGGGAAAGGAUUAUGUGGGGUCGGUUACAAAGAAAAGUUCCUCAAAAUCGAAGGGAAGUUGGAAUAAGGAGGACGUGGAGCAGUUUUUGCUCUCGAUGCUUGGGGAGGACUGUGAAUUGGGCAUGCCUGUAGUCAGCGAUGUGCUCUGUGGGUGUGGGUAUGAUGUCGAGAAGGCUCUAAAUAUUUUGCUUGAAUUAUCUUCCUCUUUGGGUGAGCAAACCCACAUUGGCAACGCUAAUGCUAACAUCAGAGAAGAUGCUUGUUCUAAUCUUGAAGGAAACAGCAGUGUUACGGAUAGGACGUUUGACUCAACUUCUUAUUCAUCUGAAAGCGACUUUCCAGAAAGUGCGGUGUGUACAGAACAUAUUGGCAGGAGUCAUUUCCAAGUUCUUGCUGGUAUUGACAAUCAUUCUUCAAAAAGUCCUGCGCAUAUGGAGCCAGACCUCUCUCAACAGGUUUUGGAAUCCCUGUUUAAUAUGCCGACUCCCAAGAGUGCUGAACGUGAGCCUAACACUAUGAACUGGAGGAACAUUGUUAAAAAAAUGACAUCUUUGGGACAGGGUCCUCAUCCAGGAGAUGGUGCAUCAGUGCGGAAUUCCCUUGCUAAAGGAGAUGACUAUCAGGUCUUCAGACAAUCUGCAAAGCAGCACUGGGAGUCGAUGAAGUUUUGCUAUCAAAAGGCUGCAAGUGCUUUUUCUAAUGGAGAACGAGAUUAUGCAGCUGUUCUGUCUGAGAAGGGGAGGACACACAGUAAGAUGGCUCGGGAGGCAGAAGAAAAGGCUAGCCAGGAUAUCUUCCAAGCAAGAAACAAGGGCAUAGAGAAUAUGAUAACGAUUGAUUUGCAUGGGCAACAUGUCAAAGAAGCCAUGAGGCUUUUAAAACUUCAUCUUCUUUUUGGGGCAUAUGUGCGCUCUGUGCGGUCACUCAGGGUUAUCACUGGAUGUGGGAGGCACGGGGUAGGGAAAUCACAGCUGAAACAGUCGGUCAUUAAUCUUUUGAAGAGGGAAGGUAUUGAAUGGAGUGAAGAAAAUAGUGGAACACUGCUCAUCAGCAGGCUUGAUCAGCGGACACAGUUUAGCUUUCUAGAUUCUGACAAUGAGGGCGAGUAAUCUUCCUGCAGUUUGGUUGCGCAUUUUUAGAAUUGUAGCAAAAGCAUGGUUAAUUAGAUUGUUAAUAGUGAGUACUAUUUAGCUUUUGCUGUUAAUUCUUGUGAGUACUAAUUCUACAGAUGACAUCUAGAAGCUAGUUUAGAUUCAGACUUAUGUUUACAUCCAACUUUAGAUUGCGGAAGUUCGAGCCAGAACAGAUUAACAGCAUAUCCUAGCCUAUGCUGUGAGCUUGAACUUUAAUGUACAUUAUGCUUUGUGUCUUUUGUAUCGAAUUCGUGUCGGCAUGUUUAGCGACAUUAUAUAUAUAUCAAUCAUGUUGUAGAUUAUGUAA